GGUGUAGUUUUCCGGCGGAACAAUAAUCGUGAACACACACAUUUGAGCACAUUUUUCUCGAUGUAGAAUGUUUGUAUAUAACGUUAUAUAUAAGAGUAAGAGAGCAUAAUUCUGAUAUUGUUUUACACGCAAUAUCAUCCUUUUCAUUGUGGGCAUAAACUACGAUUACAAUAGUUUGGAUAUCAAAUUCUCACAACGACUGAACAGCACAAACAGUGACUUCAUGUCUUCAACGGUGGACUUCAGGACUCUGGUUGAUCAGUCAUGCAGAUACUCGGACGAAUUCGUCAAUAUCUAUUAUGACUGUAUGGACAAGAGAAGACGGAAUUUGACGAGGCUGUAUCUGGACAAAGCUACGCUAGUGUGGAAUGGAAAUGCAGUCACAGGUCAUGAUGCUCUCAGCGAGUUCUUCGAGUCUCUUCCUUCCAGUGAAUUUCAAGCGCAAUCUCUUGACUGCCAGCCUGUGCACGAACAAGCAACUCAAGGCCAAAUGACGUUGUUGGUGGUUACAGCUGGCUCAGUGAAAUUUGAUGGAAACAAGCAGAGAUUCUUCAACCAGAAUUUCUUAUUAACUGCCCAAGCCUCUCCUAACAGCGACCAGCCCGUAUGGAAGAUUGCAAGCGACUGCUUUCGCUUUCAAGACUGGGCAAACUGAAUCGCAGCUUCAAAUCUUUUGUAUAGCUUUUUUUCAUUUUUGUAAACUCGUUGCAAUUUAAUACGUUCUGUAAAUAAAACCCAUUGACCAUUAAACUGUGUCUACUAUGGAGUACCACGCAAUUUGAGUAGAAAAUGAUUUUAAUUGACCAAAUAUAACAUACAGUGAACCACAAUAAAUAAGCAUCAUAGAACAUUCUACAAGCGAAUUCACAAUUUAUCAAUGCAAACAUUUGACUGCUGUAUAGUCUAGACUGUGGUGACUUGAACCCUGAUGGUUGUGUGGGGGAAAAAAAACGGAUGAAUCUGUUGGCUUAAUGGCUAAAAAUCCCUGACAAAAAUAGUGCAACUGACAAAAUAAUUCUAAAUAAAACACGUUCUAGAAUGAGACAUUCGGUAACCCAAGAGCUAACAAUUUACAGUGCCUGUACAGACCACACUUAAAAAAAAAACAAAAAAACAAACAAGGAUUCAAAUGAAAUGUCUAGGUUUGACCAAAUAAAUUAAAAUACAGAAUACAAUAUUAACUGACUGACAAGGGUUCCUCAACCUCAAAAUUCAUAUUCUUGGGUUUGUUCCUUUUCAGCUUUAUACAUUAAGUAUUGAGGACUGGUUUAAUGACAUAUUACCAAAUAUAUUAAAAGCCUGCAGAAGUGGAAUUUGCGACAGACAAGCGAGACACUGUUAACAGUAAAA